AUGCAUGCUCGGAUGCACAACCCCCACCAAACCCGAUGCACGUGGCAUUGCUUGACCCUCCUUCCCCCCUCCCCAUGUCUCCCCGAUGCUCCCCUCUUCCGCCCCACACUCUCCCCCCCCUUCUCUCCCUCCACUUCCCCCAAAACCCCCCUCCCUGACCCCCCACUGCCGACAGCCCAGGGGAAGCUGUCAGCAGCGAUGGGGGUACUGAGGGAGAUGAUGGCAGACGGCAUUCGCCCCAACGUGGUGGUGUUCACGCAGCUGCUGCACGGCUGUGCCCUCGCGCGCAACCGAGCCAUGGGCAUGCGCGUGCAUGAGAUGAUGCAGCAGCACGGCGUGCCACCCAAUGACUACCUGCAUGCCGCCAUGGUGGAGCUUUACCAUAAGACAGGCGACGUGAAUGGCGCCAUGGAGUACCUGGCAGAAGCAGAGGCGGCAGGGCACAAAGUAGGCGCCAACGCAGUGAGCGCGCUGGUCGAGGCCCUGGCAGCAGCCGGGCGCACAGAUGCAGCCCUAGCGGCGUUCCACCGGGGGCGAGCGCAGGGCGUGCAGCCCCUGCCAUACGCCGUGGGGACCAUGAUCAUGGCGCUUGGGCGGGCAGGCAAGGUGGACGACAUGAUGACGCUGUUCCGCGAGUCACGUCGAGGGGCACGAGGGGCGCAGAGGGGGAAGAAUUGGGGGGACGGGGAACCGCGGGGGAAAAAGGAGAGAGGGGAGGAUGGGGAGGAUGGGGAGAGCGGGCGGAAGGGGGAGCGGGGUGAGGGGGGGAGGCAGUGGGAGGGCGUGACGUGGCAGCAGGAGAUGCGGAGUGGGCAUGCGCUGGUGGUGCAGACGCUGGCGUGCCUCGUGCAGCUUCACGACGUGCAGCGCAUUCUGGAGGUAGCAGAGGAGAUCAAGGACGACCCUCAGCUCAACCGCCAGCAGAUCUUCGACCAGGUGUUACUGCCAGUGGCCAGGGGGUUACCGGACGAGAGGGGGGUGUGUCUGAUCGGGGUGAGAGAGGCUCUUCGCAUGUUCCAAGCCCUGCGCACUGUGGGAGUGCACGCGUCCCGCAUGGUGCUGGAAGCGCUGUUGGAUUCUUGUGCGGCCAUGGGGGACCUGCCCCGCGCCCUCCAUGUGAUGGAUGACAUGCAUCGCAACGACCUGCCACCCACCGUCUUCACUCUCUUCCGUCUCUUUCGAACGGCCAUAACAGCAGAGGACGAGGAUGCUGCUUGCGCCGCACUGCGCCAGAUGUCGCCCUCUGAUUUGUCCGAUGAGGACGUACAGCUGCUGGUGCUUAAAGCCCUCGAGCCCUUCAUCCGGGCGGCGGCUGAAGGUGGGGAGCAGAUGGCCCUGGCCAAUGAGACGCUGCCACGUGUCAGGGAGGAGGCUUAUGUGGCAAUUUUGAGAGCCAAUGCGCUCAAGAUGAGGGGCUUGGUAGGGAGAGAAGGGGAGAGGGGUGGGACGUGGAGAGAUAGAGGGGCGGGAGUGGGUGGGGAGAUUUCUGAGAUUCUGGCAAGGCAGCAGUCUCGGCAGUCAAAGGAAAACAGGACAGGAGAAUCAACGUGA